AUGGCUUCCUCUUAUUCAUAUCCUGAAUUAUUUUUGGCGGGUUUUAUAUUUACCUUGCCUUUUUUGUAUGAAAAAAGUAAUGUUUUUCGAUAUUACUUAAAGUUUUUCCUCUAUUAUGCUUAUGUCUUGAUAACUUGUACCAUUUUAUUACCAGUAGUUUUAUUAUAUCCUCGCGACGUUACGAACCUAAUAGUAGCAUCCCGUUUUUGCCGCUAUGCAUCCCACAUUGUGGGAAUCGAAUGGGAAUUACGGGGUUUGGAGAAUUGGGAUAAUGAACAAUGUUGUAUCGUAAUUUCUAAUCAUCAGAGUUCUUUGGAUAUUCUGGGUAUGUUCGAAAUGUGGCCCCGAAUGAAACGUUGCACAGUUGUCGCUAAAAGACCGUUGAUGUUUGCUGGAGCUUUCGGUUUUGGUGCUUGGUUAUCGGGAUUAGUAUUUAUUGAUAGACUUAAAACUGAAAGAGCUCGCCAGUUAAUGAGAGAAGCCACUGCAAGAGUUAUUGAUGAAAAGACGAAAUUGUGGAUAUUUCCUGAAGGCGCUCGUUUCAAUAAGGGAAGUAUACAACCAUUUAAGAAAGGAGCAUUCUAUUUGGCUAUAGAUGCCCAAAUUCCAAUUAUGCCUGUUGUGUUUAGUCAAUACUACUUUCUGGAUAAUGAAUCAAAGACCUUUGAGCCAGGGAAAGUGGUAAUCACAACUUUGCCACCAAUACCUACAAAAGGAUUAACCAGGAAUGAUUUAGAGAACCUCUCUGAUAUGGUCCGAAAUCAAAUGAUUGAAGUGUUUAAUGAGAGUUCAAAGGAUCUGGUUAAGCAGAAGAAGAUUGCAAUUUAA